AUGGCUAUUGCAGAACAAAUACCAUUAGAUGAACAACAACAUCCAAGUAAUGAGAGCAGUAGUAUAGAUAUCGGUGAAAAUGAAACUGCUGUUAAUUCCCGAGCUCAAUCGAAUUAUAGCAUUCGGCGUGUUAAAAAUAUAAUUGCCCCCGGAAAAUACGGUGAAACACGUGCUCAAUAUCUAUGGAGACUAUUGCGCUGUUCGAUUCGUCGAACAAUCGAUGUUGUUGCCAAAGCAGAUGAAUCGGAUAUUGAACGUUCUCAUGGUGUACAUUUUUUGCGGAACAUCAAUCAUGAAAUAUAUGUUAAAUGGAGUACAUACAACAUCAGUCGAAAAGAGAUAAUUAGCAUUGAUGCACAGUUACCUCCCGUGGCUCGUAUUUAUCAUUCAGAUGGACGUUUUAUUCGUUCAAAAAAACUUGAAAUUAAUUUUGAUUAUAUGAUAUAUUGUGUAAAUGAAGAUGAAUUUAUUGCAUGGACAAAAUGGAAACGAGAAAUACAUGUUAUUGCUGCUGAUUUAGAAAUACUCUCAACGUCAACAUGUGAUUAUGAUAUAGGAGAUUUGGGUUAUAAUGAAAAAACAUCUGAAGUUUCUAGUUGUGGUAAAGGAGGUGUAACGAUUUGGCAAUUUCGAUACAAUAGAAAACAUUUAUUACCGAAAACGCAUUGUCACGAAGGUUUUAAGACUGAUUUACAAUUUGAUAUAAUAGCAAUUGAACAGAGUAAUGCAGCUGUUCAGCGAAUAUUUGUUACAUCUGGCUACGAUAUUUUGGUGUUUAAUGGAGCUUUUGAUGGUCGCUUAUAUUCUUCUAAGAGUGAUUUACAUGUUCGACCAAUUGUAGCCAUGAUCUUUGUUGAAAGUCGAGAUGUUUUAGUAACAGCAGGAAGAGACGGAUCAAUUAAAGUAUGGGACAAUCGAUGGUUCAUAAUUCAUGCCUAUGUUGGUCAUCAUGACCGAAUACUCUCUUUAGCAAAACAUCCAUUUGGAACUCAUGUUCUAUCGAGUUCGAACGAUAAAACAAUACGUGUUUGGUCUCUCGAAUAUGGAGAUGUUGUAGAUGUUGUCAAUGUACAAGAGCCUAUUGUUCACAUGAAUACAGCACAAAACUAUGAAAAAUUUAUUGUAAUGUCGACGAAAUGUUUACAACUUUGGUGUAUUAAGCAUUAUUGUGAUUUUCUAACAUUUAUUGGAUCACCAGUACUCAAAAUCAGUCGUACAACACAUCCUGAUUAUCCUUGUCGAUCAGUAUUAUUAUGUAAAGAUUCAAUAGUCAGAAUUUUAUCAUGUUCAAAUGGAAAUGUGUUGACUAGUUGUCUAUGUGAUAUGCAUUUCAAACCACCAUUAAUCAGUUGCGCCUAUGCAAUUGCUGAAAAUAUACUUUUUGCAACAAAUGGAAACAUAUUAAUCAAAGUUAAUACAGCAUUGAAUCCAUCGAAACUCAUUGAUCGCUUUCAAAUACCAGAACAAUAUUCAAUAAAUUGUUUAAUUAUUUAUGAAUAUGUUGCAAAAAGUACUAUGGAUGAAACACCAAUGUUAAAAUCACUUGUAACAAAACCUAGUAAAGAUCUGACGCAUUUAUCAUUGAAAGGCUUUAGUCGAACAUUACUUGUGGCAGGUUUAUCGAAUGGAUUCAUAGCCGUUAUGAAUUGGUCUACAGGUGAAAUUGAUUUUUCUCUCGAUAUGCAUUCAAGUCGACCUGUAGUCGAUUUAAUUUCUCAUAUGGAUGCUGAUCAAAUUAUAUCGUGUGGUGCAGAUUUAAUUAUUCGUAUAUGGCGUGUAUUUCCAUAUGCUAUAGAAUCAUUAUCCGUUGUACGAACAAUAUUUUGUGCAUUACCACCAAUUCAUUUAUCAAUUGUUAGAAAUUGUUUAGCUGUUGCAUUUAGAGAAGAUUCAACAUUGACACAUUCACUGAUGAUUUAUAAUCUGGAUAAUAAUGGUGUGAAACGUUUUGAUCAUGCUCCUGACAGUGAUCAUGGUGAUAUGAUUACUGCCGUUACUGGUUGUUCAAAAUUAAAAUUAAUUGCAACAGGAAGUCUAGAUGGAACAGUUAGAAUAUGGAAUGGAAAAAAUCAAUUAUUACGAAUGGUUAUCAUUCAUGAUACUAUUAAUUCAUUACAAUUUUCAAAUGAACUGGGCGAUCUUCUAUGUGAUCUUCCCAAAGCAAUUUUAUUUAAAACGGUAGGAAUGGAAUUCAAGCAACAAACUGAUGAAGCCGUAAUCAAUUAUGAUCAAACUCAAAUUGAACGAAUGCCAUCAGCCGACAUCAUUCGUCUAAAACGAGCGCAUAAAUCAAAAGAAAUAUCGAUUAUUGUUCCUAAUGAUUAUGAUUUAGCAACAACUUAUACAAAAUCUGUUGAAGAAAUGAAACAAAAGAAUCAGGAAUUGGAAAAACUUGAAAAACGUGAUCAAGAAAUUAAUCAAAUUGCUGAUGGAAAACUCCUGCGUACAAAAAAAUAUAAAAUAUCAUCAAAAAUUCGUCAACGCGCAUUUAACGAAUAUAUGAAAAUGUAUUUGAAAGAGCCACAUACUAUUGUACAACCUGAAGUUUAUCUACCCGAACAAGAUAAUGGCUUUUUUCCAUCAUUAAAAGAAGCACAACAAGAUCCUAUAAGUAUUAUGUAUAAAAAUCAUGAAACUAAAUUACAAGAAAUACAAGCACAUUAUAACGUUGAAACAAUAGAUCAAAAUCGAAUAUUAACUGAUAUUAGACAAAGUCCAUACUUAAAACGUUCAUUGGAUGAAAAAUAUGAAAUAAAAAAAUUACUUAAUCAAAAUUUAGAACAUAUAACUUUACCAGAAAAUCGACCAAAAUAUGGACCUGGUGCAUUUGUUCCAAAUUCUGUUCUAGCAAAAUUAUUGUGGCCAAAUAGAGAAUUAAUCAGACGUGAAAAUGAUUUAGAAUGGCUUCCACCUGUAUUAUCCGAUGAACAAUUACAUCUACUAGAGAAAAAUCAAGUCACGAAUUUAAUUAAAAAAACGCAAGAAGCAAUGAAACUCGAACCAGUUGAUGAAGACGAAGAAUGGCGUGCACUAAUUGAAGCGACAAUGAAGAAAAAACUGGUAGAAGCAGGGGAUGAAGAUGAUAUUAGUGAAAUAUUAGAAAAAAAACAGAAAAAAAGUUCACAUGAACCACAAAGUGAAUUUUCAAAACAAUUAAAAGAAGCUUUGAAACCAGCUGAAACGCCUCCACUAGCAGUUGAUGUACCUGUAGAUGUGAAAGAAGAUGAACAAAGUCAUCCACAAAGAAGUGCUCGUAAAACACCACAACGAUUGCCUAUAAUUAAAACUGUAACACCAUUGAAAAUACGGAAAAAGUCCAGAGAAUAUCAACCAACAACACCUGCGGUACAUGUUGAAACACCUGCCGAGAUUAGAGAACCAACACCACGCACUCCUCGAGUAUUUGCGCCACCAUUCACACAUCUGUUUGAAAAAUUAAUGGAGUUGAACUGGUUUGAUGAACAAUAUCCACUUGUUCAACCAAAUGUAUUUCUUGAAAAUUGCGACGAAAAUACAUUUCCUAUCGAUGUUUUGCAACGUAUUGAUUUUGUUCAACCCGAAGAACAUCGUUUCAUAAUUUUGCAUGAAUUAGAGCAUUUAUUUCAGAAUUAUCCAUUUAGUCAACAUAUACGUGAAUCGAUAGUUGAGAAGAUAUUGGGACAUCUAAUGAAAUAUAAUCCAAUGAAUUUUGCGAAAGACGAUGUUGAAUGUAUAAUUAGUUACAUUCGAAUGUUAACAGCAAUGAAUGUAAUGAAUAUAGACGUUGUAACAGAAUGGAUGUAUUGGUAUCUCGAUGGAGGAGAAAAAAUUCGAGCUAUUAUUAAAGAAUCAUUUCAACAAUGUGGAUUAGAUGACUCAUUUGGCCAUUUUUAUAAUGAAAUGGCUUCUUGGAAAUUAUGGGAACUAGAUGCUGAUAAAUCAAGAAGAUUAGGAAUAAAAACUCUUUGCUAUGAAUGGUUAAGACAAUGGACUCGUGCAUUUCGCACUCAUCUUGAAGAGAUGCAUCUUAGACUUAAAAAUGGCGAUAUUCAUGUGAAAAUUAGUAAUGCUACGUCGAGAGCAAUCAAUGGAGAUGUUUCUUUAACGAAUCGGGCUGCCAGUGGAAAACGUAAUAUUACGGUUACAAUUAAUACACUGCCACGUUUGAAUCUCACAAAUUUAUCGGCAAUUGAAAUAAUCAAUUAUUUUGUUGAAGUAACACAAGAACAAAUUAAUGACAGAAAUCAACCACAACAAAAGCCAGAUAAUAAUACAAUAUUAGUAUUACCAAAAGUUAUUAAAAAGGCAGCUCUUGUUCGACUUGGUGAAUCAAAUACAGACUUUCAUCGACCAACAAAACGGAAUCCUAUUUUUCUUCCACAUGAGCAUCGAUAUGAACCAGGUCAAUUAGAAAUGGGACGUUAUAUGAAUUAUCCGGUAAAAAAACUUCAUCUUAAUCCAUUUCGGAGACAACUCAUUCCUGCUGAAGAAGAGGAAGACGAUGAUGAUAUUUAUAAUGACUCAGUUCUACUGACAUUGAAAUUAGCACCGAAAUUCUUUUUACCAAUUCUGUCACAAAUAGCUAAAUAA